UUACGUGAGUGGUGCAACGAAGAAGAGUUUUGAGACCGGAAAAAGCAGAGUUUAACAUGCUAAUCCUUAGUAAAACAUCAUUUAUUUAUUCCCAGAUAUGUAACAUUACAUGCACACAACGGAACAUGGCGUCUUUGUUGAGGCUCUCAACCAUCACCAAACAGCUUCGCGGAAUGUGUCUUGUCACUUUGGGCUCUUCUUCAAACAAACACACGCAGCCCACAGCCAUCAAACAUGCCACAAAUAUGUGGUAUGGAUUUACCGAUGACCCUAAAAGGUGCAGUAGAAACAUCCACCUGACCGCUGAACGACGAGAACCUCAUGCUUUGCACACAAGUGAGCUGUCUGAGGCAGCCUAUGAGAAGCUGGCUGAAGAGACGCUGGAAUCUCUGGCUGAUUACUUUGAAGACUUGAUGGACGAACCUUUCACUGGAGCAGACUAUGAUGUGGUGUUUUCUAGUGGUGUGCUGACAGUCAGUGUAGGUGGUGACAAAGGAACAUAUGUGAUCAACAAGCAGACACCAAACAAACAGAUUUGGCUCUCAUCUCCAACCAGUGGUCCAAAGCGCUACGAUUGGACGGGUGACGGUUGGGUUUACAGUCAUGACGGCGUCAGCCUGCACCAGCUUCUGUCUCGGGAGUUUUCUGCCAUCUUCAAGAUGAGCAUGGAUCUCUCUGGCCUGCGUAUUCCCGACCCCUCGGGUUGAACUCUGCCCCGUGAGUUCUACAGACGCCAAAGAAGGUCAUUUAACAUCAACUAUGGUAAACAAUUAGAAUGGAGAGUAUUUAUAAGGGUGGGGCUUCUCGAUUGUUAUUUUAACUAUAUGUAAUUUAUUAUCCUAUUAAACGUUGCAAAAUGGACAA